AUGAAUGAAUCUGUUUCUUCAGGCCAAACAAUUAUCUCUUCAAGUGGGACCUUUGAACUUGGUUUCUUCACACCAGGUAACUCUUUUAAAUAUUAUCUAGGCAUAUGGUACAAGAAUAUUUCAUCGCAAACUGUAGCUUGGGUAGCAAAUAGGGAGACACCAGUUAGUGAUGCUGCUCAGUUGACAAUUAUUCAAGGCAACCUGGUGCUUCUCGAUAAAUUUCAAAGCUUAGUUUGGUCAACAAAUAUUUCAAGGAGUGUACCUCCAAAAAAUUUAGUCAUAGCAGUUCUUCGCGACGAUGGAAAUUUGAUUUUGAGUGAUUUGUCAUCAAACUCAUCGACACCGUUACUACUUUGGCAAAGUUUUGACUACCCAACACAUGCAUUUUUACCUGGUGGUAAGCUUGGAUAUGACAAACGCACACAAAGAAAACAGGUUCUGAUUUCAUGGAAGGAUUUGAACGAUCCGUCACCUGGAUUGUUUUCCAUGGAAUUAGACCCACGGCAUGCCCAAUUUGUUAUAAAAUGGAAUAGGACAACACAGUAUUGGGCAAGUAGUUCAUGGAAUGGCCGGACGUUCAGCUCAGUACCUGGGAUGAGGUUAAACUACAUAUUCAAUUACAGCUAUAUCGACAAUGAGAAUGAGUAA